CGUACUAUAUAGCACAUUCACACCCAUACACAUCCUAUACAUUUAGUUUGCACUUGUAUAUAUCUGUAUAUAUACGGAUCGAAGAUUCCAAUAUACUUCAGUUUGACUUGUAACGACGAAGAAGUCAAUACAAGAAGACCAAUCUCCGUGUUAACUUUUUAUUGUAAUUACGAGUGAACGAAACAUGGAAACUGAAACACCCAGAACGCCGAUACAGAAUUUUUAUGCCGGACAGUCGAUCUUCAUUACAGCAGGGGCCUAUACGUAUCACUCGGCACUGUUCGGAACGCGCGCGCGCGUGCUGGCCGAAGCAGCAGUCAUCUAACGAGCGCUUAAAUUAGACACUUACACACUAGAUUCCGUUUCUUUUAAAUUUCAACAUUAUAUAUUUGUAUUUUAUCAAUACUAAAAUAAGAUAAUUAGAACAAAAAUGUAUAAUAUCAUACUACUUUUAGCAGAGAUAUUAUUGCUUAUUUUGAAAAUUUUAUAUUACAUCUGCGAGGAUAUAUACAGAGUAAUUGUUCCAAUAAAGAAGAAAAGCGUAACUGGUGAAAUCGUUUUGAUAACAGGUGCAGGUCAUGGCAUCGGAAAAGAAUUAGCGACUGGCUAUGCUUCGUUAGGAGCAACAGUAUGUUGGGAUAUCGAUGAAAGAACCAACAAUGAAACGAUGAGUGAUAUUAAGAAAAUGGGAAUAGACUCUGUUUAUGCAUAUCGAUGCGAUGUAGCAGAUAGAGAACAAGUUUUUAGGGUAGCUGAAAAAGUAAAAGAAGAAGUAGGCGACGUUACUAUUUUGAUCAAUAACGCCGGUAUAUUGUUUAUUAAAUCAUUACUAAAUCAGAGACCCGAUGAAAUCAAAGACCGAGCCAUAGAUGUUAAUGUAACAGCGCAUUAUUGGAUAUUGACAGCAUUUUUACCAAGUAUGAUGAAAAAGAAUCAUGGUCAUGUUGUUGCUCUCUCAUCGGUAGCAGGACUGAUUGGCAUUCCUUAUGGGACGGUUUACUGCCCUACAAAAUUUGCAGUCAAAGCACUAAUGGAAACUGUAUCUGAGGAACUACGUGUACUGAGUAAUGGAAAGUCUUCUAUAAAAUUCACGACUAUAUAUCCAUUUUUUGUACAUACCGGAAUGGUUGAAAACGUAAAAAUAAGAUUUCCAAGAAUAAUAAAAGAAUUAUCACCGCAGAAAGUGGCUUUAUCAAUAAUUGACGCGCAAAGAGGAAAUUACAAAAACAAAAGCAUACCUUCCUACUGGUUGCCCACGUUUAAAAUAGGAAGACUUUUACCCGACAAAGCAUUGAAGUACAUAUUAGACUUCAUUGAUGUAAAAAUGUAUCCUGAAGAACCUAUAUAAUAUCAACCUAAGAUGAUACUAUAGAAUCAGGGUUGCGUAAAUUAAUGUAUUUUUUUAACUUUUAAGUUAUGAAAAGUUAAUGGUUUAUUUUGACGUAACUAAAAUUAAUUUAGUUACGUCAAAAGUUACAUGGACAAAAAACUAACCAGUAAAAGUUAAGGGAAAUGUAAACUUAAGUUAAAUUUAAAGUUAAUUUGUUUUAUUUGUUUUACUAUUUGUUUUAUCUAUCAGGAACUGUAGAACUAUUGAAAAUAAACCCAGAACUGUCAAUGUUUAGUGAUUUUCCACCAAAUGAUGUGCCAGCUUCACACACACUACAAAUUUAUAUGAUGCUGAACCUUAUAAACAAAUUUAUUUCCAAGACAUACGACAAAAAGUCGUUCAAUUUAACAAUUAUUUAUUUAUAUCUCGACUUCUAAGAGGGCUCAUUUGUUAAAAAUUUACUGGUAACUCUCUAGUGUCAUCCCGAAGGUGUGUGCAAAUUAUAAAAAAAUGAACCCUCUUAGAAGUCGACAUACAAACUUAUUUCCGGGAAUUUAAUUCCGAAUGCAGCCUGUAAUUCUCUGAACAUCUUAUAUGAUGUUUUUAGCAUGUUUUCUUUGUUAAACCUAAAGUGUCACUUUGUACCACUGUUGUGUAGUGGUAUAUAAUGUAUGCUGUUAAAGUAGUUGCUUAAAAAAAUUUGUGAGAGCAGCAGACGCUGUGAGGGAAAAUUUCGUUGAGAACCGCUGCGUCGAGCGUGUUGCGCAGCGGCCGUCUGCUAAGUCCGUCUGCUAGCUUCAGCAUCAUCAAAUUUAUAUAAUAUAAAAAAUAUGAAAAAAUUUAUACAUUUUUUAUAAAAUUAAAAAAUUUUUUUUUAUUCGUGUGUACCAAUUACCAUAUCUAUUUACCAAUUUAUUAAAAUAUUUAUACUUUUAACUAAAUAUAUAUUUUUUAUAAUAAAUCUACAUGAUUACAUGGACAUUUUUUCCCAUUUUUAAUUUAGUAUAUUUAGUAUUACACACACACACACGCGCGCGCGCGCAGCUAUAACGUAGUAAACAGGAACAACAAAAUAUUAUUAUAACACUAUCAUUCUCGCGAUGAAUGUAACAAUUAUGUCACAACCAUUAUGUCAUAAUAUUAUUAUUACACCAUUAACCCCAUACACUAUUAAUCUCACGAUGCAUGUAACAGAACAGUUAUAUCUAUAACUGUCAAAACGCAAUCUCCACGAUGACAGCAGCUCACGAAGUAAGCACAACGCGAGAACCAAUGAGCAUUUUGGAAAAGCGGCAAUAAUAAACUUCGAGAGACUGCAACUAUCGAUUUAACACGGAUUUUUUCAGAAAGGAUAUAUCACUAUUAGAAGUCACAAGAUAAAAUGCAAGCUAUCACAAAUGUAAAUCAAUUAAAAUUAAUGAUAUUCAUAGAAGACAAGGCCAGUCUGUCUACUAUUUUUCCAAGUUUUUUACAAAUUGUUGUUCUAACCUUGUAUAAUAUCAAGAAAUAAACAAAGCGUGCGUUAUAUAACAAAUACACAUGAUACUUUUUAAUAAACGUUUGUAAAAAGUACUUAAUAAAAAAAA